CUUUUCCGAUGAAGAGUUUUCAACUUCAGCGAACACCGUUAAAUUACUUCUCACCGUUAAAUUACUUCUCACCAUGGUUUCCGAUUUUACCUCCAAUGCUUCUGUCUUGCCCUUCCAAGAAGAAGAGAACAAAUAGUUUGGCGAAAUUGAAGCAGUCGAAGUUCAAUGCUAGGCGUGAACAAUGGCUAUCUCAAGUAAAGAACAAGGACUGCAGGGUGGAUUUGAAUGGGAGCGCUGGGUCUCCUCCAUUGUCUACAAAGAGAGCUGAUGAGCGAAACAAAUCAUUACGGAAUUUGGAAACAAAUUUGAGGGAAGACGAAAGUGAAGACAUGAGCAUCCAUGACAGUGAUGCGGGAUCAUUGAACUUCUCCAUUCAAACUGAUCUGGGUAAUAAUGACUCAAAGGGAGCUAUUGGUGUGCAUGGUUGCAGUGGCAGUAGCAGUGGUUCUUGUUCUGAAGUGUCAGCGAGGAAGAUAAGGAUGGGUGCCUAGGCAAUUGGGAGGAUGUUGCAGAUGCCUUGAGUG